AUGAUGAUAGGGUCAUUGAAGAAUCAAGCACUGUUUGAACUGUACUUUCCUGUCCUGGUGGCAACAAGUUGUCUGCUGCCACUGGCCGGACUGGUCUUGUGCGAGCUCGUCUGUCUCUUGUUUUAUUUUAAUCAGUGUACGGUCACAAAUUGUGGGAGCGCAGAUGAAGUAUGGAAUUUCAUGCCCUCUAUCAGUGUGGCAACAGGCCAGCUGGCACCACAGAAGUAUAUAUGGAGAAUAUUGAUUGCAUUACAUGCCACACCAAGGUUUCUGAUAGCAGCAGGCUACCACAGUAUGCACAAAAUGAUGUUUCUUGGAAACAAGAGCUUGCAGACAUACAGCCAUCUGUCCAGUUUGGCAUAUUUCUUACAUGUGGUUGAAAUUCUGGCAUUGGUAGGUCUCAGCUUUGUGUCAUCAACAGAAGAUUAUGAUGUUCACAAAGUUUGUUUUGCCAUAUUCAUGCUAUCUGCUACCCUGCACAUGAUGUCCGUUUGUGUGCUGCACGGGUUUGGGAAGAAAGCCAUACAGUUCUCCUUGUCUCGUGAGGAGAAAUUCUCCCUGAAAUGCAAGUUGAUCCUGUUUGUGACAAAUGUAGUAUUCUUCUCUGCUGCACUAUAUUUCUUUCACAGACACAAUACAUAUUGUGAGGAUGGAG